GCAUUGAUCGCGACGAGGCCUAUAAGGCUGACACAGCUGUCAUGGUUGUCGAGAACGUCGUGCGCGAAGAAACCACCUCAUAACUCGACUCCCACCACACUGAGGCUCAAAACUGUCUGGGUACCCAUUUCCAAGUCUUGGCACUUCUUGGCUCGCCUCUUCGACGAUGCCGCACGCCGUCCACCCGACGAUUUGCGGCAGUCGGGUGGAGCAGCAUGCAUGUAUAUAGUGGGAGUCUGGGACAGCGAGGUGUAUAGCACCCACGACCCACGACUCACGACACACGAUGCGCAUCGCCCUCGCAUUGACGCUCCUCGCCGGCGCGCUCGCGCAGACGCCCACGACGAGCAUCCCGCCCCCGCCGGGAAAUAGCGUCGGGUGCGUCCUCCACGGCGACCACUACCACUGUGACGGCCCAGCAUCAGCCACGUUGGCCACGGCGACGCGCAGCGGCAUCCCGCCCCCGCCGACCGAGAGCACGGGGUGCACGCUCCACGAGGACCACUACCACUGUACUGGGCGUGUGGACGGCGCGAGCAGCAGCAGCAGCUCGGCGCACGGUGAUGACCAUGACGACGAGCACAGCAGCUCGCACGAUGACGACGGGCCAUGUAUCAUCCAUGUCGGGCAUACCCACGGAAAGUGCUCCGCUCAAGACCUGGCAUGUGGCAAGAUCCUGCUCGAGGACUUCAAGAUGCCGCUGCACAUCGCGGCCGUGUUCAUCGUGCUCGUGUCUUCGGCCGUGGGCAUCCUCGUGCCCCUCGGCGCGGGGUGGAUGCGGCGCGCAGACAACGCAGAGGGCAAGGUCGAUACUGUUGCCUCGCUCGACGCCGCGGCAUUGGGCAAGGGCGGCGCGUGGGGCAAGGUCUUCUUCGUUGCGCGGCACUUCGGCACGGGCAUCAUCCUGUCCACGGCCUUCAUCCACCUGCUGUACCACGGCUUUGUCAUGUUCAACAACGAGUGUAUCGGGCACCUGGGGUACGAGAGCACGUCGCCUGCGAUCGCGCUCGCGGGCGCGUUCGUCACGUUCCUGCUCGACUUUGUGGGCUCGCGCACCGCGCGCGCCAAGCUCGACCACGCCCAUGCCGCGGCCACCUCCGCCGCGCCCGAGGGCGAGGAGGGCAAGGAGGUCGACGGGACCACGACGCUCGCGAGCUCGAGCCUCAUCGGCCACUCGUGUACCCACGAAGAGGCGGUCGUGCGCACCGAGCAGGUGUGGCAGGUGUUCCUUCUCGAGGCGGGCAUCAUCUUCCACUCGAUCAUGAUCGGUGUUACCCUCGGCGCGGGGUCCGGCCAGGGCUGGACGACGCUGUUGAUUGUUAUCGUGUUCCACCAGUUCUUUGAGGGCGCCGCCCUCGGAGCCCGCAUCACGCUCCUCUUCUGGAUCUCCAAGAUGCGCACGUUUGUCCUCGCCAUCAUCUUCACGCUCAUCACGCCCAUCGGCAUCGCGAUCGGCAUCGGAGUCCGCAACUCGUUCUCGCAGAACGGCAAGGCCGCGCUCCUGAGUGUGGGCAUUCUCAACUCGAUCUCGGCGGGCAUUCUCCUCUACACCGCAUUCAAGCUCCUCGCUGUCGACUUUACCGACGGCCCGCUCAAGCGCGCCAAGGUGUCGACCGUGUGCGUGGCGCUCGGCGCCGUCGUCGUCGGCAUGGUCGCCAUGAGCGUGCUGGGCAAGUGGGCGUAAUGAGCAAGUUGGAGACAUAUUUUAUAUAGAGUACAAGUAUAGCAGGAGCAGCAGGAAGCAAGCAGCAUCAUAUGGCAUGGAUUAUUAUUUGGAUAUCAUAUCAA